AUGGCUUCGAUUCACUCUCUCGGAAAAGGCAUAUUCCAGAAGUAUAUGGAUCAGUUUUUCACCUUCUCCGACACGGUGGAUUAUUUCAACUUGUUCAACGUGUUUGGCACGAUGUUCGCUCUUCACUUCAAUACACAAAGACCUGGUAUCUGGACUCUCAAGAAGCUUCUCUGGAGCGCAUAUAGAGCGCUCUAUCUGAUGUCGUAUCUGUCCUACUGCUACAAGGCCUAUUGGACGUUCAACAACUGGGAAUACAGCACGGCAUCAGCCAACGUGCUGGGGGCUCUGGGACUCUGCAGUGGAGCCCUUCUGCGUCUAGUCCUGUUCGAGCUCUAUCAUCCGACGAUCGAGCAGCUGCAAACGUUCCUGAACGAUCGCAAGUACAAUAAUCAGGACGAAUGGGCCCGUGACCGUCGAUCACAGCUCUACCAACACAACAACCGCUUCCUGAUGGUACUCAUUUCGGCCAUCAUACUGGAGUCGUUAUGCUUUCUCGCUUUUCUGCUACUAACACGUCCAGAGUUUAUGUUGCAGUAUAACGGACACAUCUUGGGUGGACCGUCAGUACAGAUAGCCUACGGAACGAUUACUGCUUGCUGGGGCAUCAUCUACGUGCUGGUGUUUAUCGUUUUCUACAUGCUAAUGGCGGGCUUUCGGCUAGAGAUGGAGAUACUAGUGCGCUCGUUCGAGCAGCUCGGUCAACCCGCACGGACCAGUGAUUAUGGUGAGCUCGUUCAGAUGGGCCUUCCGAUGGACGAGCAGUACGAGCAGGAGUUCUGGAGUGUCCUGCAAGCCUCGCUGACCAAGCACAUUAAGCGGCAUGUGGAGCUGUUGGAGAAUCUUCAAAAGUUUCGAUCCAUCGUUGGCCCGUUCGCGUUCCUGCAGUACUACAGCACCUUCGGGCUGAUAGCGGACUCAUUUUUCAUCGUUUCCUUCGAAGGAUUUUCCGGCUACAGCAUGGCGUAUGUACUGUUUGCAUCGUUUCUCAUCUUGGAAUCAUUCUUGCUAUGUCGCGGUGUAGAACAUCUAAACGAUUUGAAUAACCGAAUUGGAAUGACCUUGUACAAUCUCGAUUGGUCGCAGUUACUACGGUACUCCACAAGGUUCCGGUUUGAGUACAGGUGCGUGCGUCGAAUCAUCCUGCAGGUGAUUGUGCAAUCGCAACAAUCCCUUCGUUUCACCUACGGAGCAGCAGGAGAAAUUUCGAUGAACAGUUUUGCCGAGCUGAUGCAAAAGAGCUAUUCGAUGCUAACGUUUUUGCUGCAGCUAGACAACUAG